UCAUACUGUGUCGGUUGCAUAUUCUUAAGUGAAGAUUUGCUUUUGUCAAAAAUUGACAGGGGAUUAUCUGUGAAGGUUUACCAAACUAUGCAAUGAAUUAUAAUCUCUUGCUUUUAGGCAACUCCACCUAACAGCACCUUCUCUUCUGUUUGGUCACGCAUCUUUGUUCCGUCAGGUUUUCUUCUGCUGAGAGCAACCAACGAAUGACCAACAGAGCACAAUGGAGAAAUGAAAGUUCAUCUGAAGGCAUACACCAGCCUCUAGAUGCCAUGAACUCAGACGAACACGAUGAAGUUAUCGGAGAUGUCCACGUCUGUGGCAACUGCCGUGGCGAGUUUGUUGUCUUUGCAGACUUCGUGAAGCAUAAGCAGAGCUGCAUCAAGAAGCAGGUCGUGAUGAUCUUCAACGAGGGGCAGGAGCGGAUGGACGAGUCCAGCAGGAUGUCCGAGAAAGACCACGACACUGCUUCCGAUCGAUCCAUGACCCCAGAGAGUAGGAAGUCUGUUGAGCCAAACUAUGUCUCUGAAGGAAAAGCUCAGCAGCAGGAUGAACAACCCGGCAGGUCCUCAGAUCAAAGCCCUAACCCCAGUCUCCCACCUUCAAAUGUUUCCUUGGACAACCUUGAGAACACUCCCUAUGCUGUGGCACAGUUUCCUCGGGAGUCUGCCAUGGUUCCUGGGCACCCUGAUGUAGUGAUGAUCCAAGAACAGCUGUAUGCCCUCCAGCAGCAGCACCUUCAUCAACUUCAUAUGAUCCAGAGCAUCCAACAUCAGAUCAACCACCUCACUGCCCAGCAACAGAGGCAGCAGAUUCAGCACCAACACCUUCAGCAGCUGCAGCAACAAGGUCAACAGAAGCAAGAGCCAAAAGAUUCCUCAGGUAGUCAGGGAUCACCAGGACUUGAAGAGAAGACUUUUGAAGCCAAAGCUGAACCAGCCCCCCACUCCAGCGCAAGCACUGCUACUACAUCCUGCAUUCCAUCCACACCAAUUGUACCAAUCCCAACCAUCCAUGGUAUGAUUCACCCUCCGCACAUCUUGUCCCCUGCAGGAGCUGCUGCAGCAUCGGCUGUGCAACAGUCUGCUAUAGAGGCAAUGCAUGCUCAAGGAAGGCUGCUACCACCAAUGCAACUGCCACCACCAUUCCAUCUGCCUAGCCAGAAGUCACCCUUUGAGAUGCUUCAGCAGCAUGCAAACAGGCAUAUGCCACACAACCCACUUGGAAUUCCUCCACCUCUCCCUUACCAUGAGAGUCUGCUUUCUGCUGGCCACAAACCCAAGCCUCCCAAUGUCUCGGUUUUUGACCCAAAGUUCAGUGCUGAUGAUCCCUUCUUCCGUCACAAAUGCAGAUUCUGUCACAAGGUAUUUGGAAGUGACAGUGCCCUCCAGAUCCACAUUCGGUCCCACACCGGCGAGCGCCCAUACAAGUGUAACAUCUGUGGGAACCGGUUUUCUACCAAGGGCAACCUGAAGGUCCACUUCCAGCGCCACCAGUCUAGGUACCCCCACGUCCACAUGGAUAUUAGGCACCACCCACCAACGCCACCGCUCAUGGACCAGCCUCUCCAACCACCUUCAAUCCACCAGAUUCCAAUGCCCACCAUUCCAAAUGACCAACCCCAAUAUCCGUAUGAAGUAGACAUGACACCUUAUCAACCAUCCAAGAGCACCUCUCCAAGGGAAUCCGAAGGCACUAUGGCAGACAACGCCAGGCGUUACCAGGAGGAGGAGGAGGAGGAGGAGGAAGAGAUGAAACAAGAGAUGAAACAUUCCAACAACAUUGACAGGAGUCAAGGUGGUGAUAAUCGUGAGAGUCCAUCAACGAGCCAGUCGGGAAGUAUAUCCCCGAAUGAAAGGAGGCUGAUCCAAUCCACCUCUCCUUCCAUUGCCCUGUCUUCUAAUGUCUUCCCAAUCAUGUCUGCUAGCGGUUUCCCGAUGUCUUCUGGGUAUCCCCUACCGUAUGCUGGUUUCCCAAGAAUGGCAUUUAGUCAGAAUGGUGCAAUGCCGUUCGAGUCUUCCAAAAGUGCUGCAGAAUUAGACCUAGUCAAACCUGAAACACCUCCAUCAUUGGCCAACCUGGCUGAGGCAGGAAUGCGGGCUUCAGAGACCUCCAAACUCCAGCAAUUGGUAGAGAAUAUUGAGCAGAAGAUAACUGACCCUAACCAAUGUGUCAUCUGCCACCGGGUACUGAGUUGCAAGAGUUCUCUCCAACUUCACUAUCGCACCCAUACUGGUGAACGCCCCUUCAGAUGUAAAAUCUGUGGGCGAUCUUUUACAACCAAAGGGAACCUCAAGACUCACUAUGCUGUCCACCGAAGCAAAGGACCUAUCAGAAUUCUCCAUGACUGCCCAAUCUGUGAGAAGCGCUUCAGCAACCCACUUGUGCUACAACAGCAUCUGCGUCUCCAUGCUGCCGAAGGGAUGACAAUACCUCCACAUAUGGAGCACCCCAGGCCUGAGGAUAUGAACAUCAAGGCUGAUGGAGAUGACAUGGAAAAGACAGACGACGUUGGUGAAGACAACCACAUGGAUGUGGACGAGCGAAACGAUCUUCCAACACCUGAGGAGGGAGAAGUCCCAGAUGAUUCAUUUCCUGAAGGUGACAAGCCUGAAGAUGGUACCCUCCCAUCGGAUGUCAACUCACCGCCUGCAGAAGACCAUUCCUCCAAAACUCUGGCAUCUGAUGAGGACAAAAAGACAAGUCAGCUCCAGAGUAGGCCAUUCAUGCCAGGUAUCCUGGGACUGCAGCCUGUAAGCUCCAUGGCGAAUGGAGACUCCUCUAUGGCUCCAAGCCCUGGUCACAGUGUUGACACUAAAUCGAUGAUGUCUGAAGAUGAGAACAGAAACAUCAAUAUGUCUAUGUAUCACCGGCAUGGACCUGAAUCUAUCACGUCUAGUAUGGCAGAGGAAGAACUUGAUGGGGAGUUCAGAAAUGAGGUGAAUGAUACUGAUAUGAGUGGAGCACUUGAUCUGAGACCAAAGGGAACUCCUCAAGAAAACAUUCCUCCACAUUAUAAAGAUGCUGGUGACUUGGCAGGCUACUACUCUCAUGAUGAUCAUUACAGUGAAGACAUAAAGCCAACCAUGACCUCUGCCGGCCUGCUGAUGAGUGUCCCCAGCAUGCAGCUUGGUAGUAGACGCCUUAUGAGACCAAACACAACCUGCCACUACUGCGGUAAGGUGUUUGCGUGCACCAGUGCCCUCAACAUCCACUAUCGCAGCCACACCAAGGAGCGUCCAUUCCGCUGUGAUUGCUGUAGCAAGGGAUUCUCCACCAAGGGUAACCUCAAGCAGCACAUGCUGACUCACAAAAUCAGAGAUAUGCCCAUGCCAAGAUACGACUCACCCAUCAACAACCCUAGUCACUCCAUGUCUCCAGUCAUGCCAAAGCCUAUCAGCCAAGAACUUCCUCUACAGCAGACGACCACCACCAUCAACUCCCAGACCCCACCCCUGAAGCGCAGUCUGAGUGUCUCCCCAGAAGAAGCCAACAAACGCAGUCAGUUCAAGCAUUCCUGCUCUGUCUGUGGCAAGCAGUUCCAGACUAACAGUGCCCUAGAGAUUCACAUGCGCACCCAUACAGGAGAGAAACCAUUCCGUUGCCACAUCUGCAGCCGAGCCUUCACCACCAAAGGCAACCUCAAGGUUCAUCUUGGCACCCACAUGUGGAAUGGGGGUGGACGACGGGGACGACGCAUCGCUGUUGAACCCCCAUUCAUCGUCAGCCCCAAAGAAGGAGAGAUCUUCCGUGGGGACCUAUUUGGCAUGCACCCAGGGUUCGCAGAGGGUGCUUUCUACCACUACCCUCCUCCUCAUCUUAUUAAUGGCUUUGCUGCAGCAGCAGCUGCUAACUCCAAGGCCAACGAGAUCUCUGUUAUUCAGCAACCCUCUAGCCUCCAUCUCCAGGAUUCCCCGUCAGUCAUCAUGAGGAACAGCUUGGCUCCUUCUGCAGAGAGCAGGGAGGCAGCGUACAACCGGGAAGCAGAACGCCACCGUGAAAUGGUCCUGAGCAGAGACGAGGCCCUCAACCACGAGAUUGCUCUCAACAGGGAAGAAGCUCUCUCCCGCGAGAUGGCGAUGAAUAGGGAGGAGGCUAUGUCUCGCGAGAUCGCUCUCAACAGAGAAGAAGCUCGCUCCCGCGAGAUGGCAAUGAACAGAGAGGAGGCUAUGUCUCGCGAAAUGACAAUCAACAGAGAAGAGGCACUCUCCCGUGAGAUGGCAACUCGAGAAGAGGCUCUCAACCGUGAAAUAGCUCUGAACAGGGAAGAAGCAUUCUCCAGGGAGAUGGCCCUCAAGAGAGAAUUAGCCCAGAACAAGGAGAUAGCUCUAGAGCGAUCCAACAGUAGAACCCCACCCGUUGCACCACAGUUGAGUUCAUAGUCUUAAUAAUAUCAGUUCGAUUCACCCACCUUUUUUUGUACAAAUCUUGAUUAAACCUGUGUAUGUCAUUUGUGGGACACGUCCUGCGUGACUUUAGUCAGGAGAGCUUCCAAUUUAUUUUCUUCCAAGACCUUGGUUUUGCGAUGUUGUUUUAUAUGUUUAUAUAUAUUUUAUGUUUCUCCAGAGGGAGACUUACUAGUAUGACACGUUUGUCAAAAGGUGUACAUUUUUUAAAGAAAGAAAAUAAUGCCAGAUGAUUUUUUUUUUUCUUCUUGCUUCCAUCAGGGUAUAAUGUUUGUUCAUUCUGUAGAUUUAUCCAUGUUGUGUUUUUUUGGUGCUUCUUAUUUCCCCUAGUCGGUUAUCAUUUAGAACUCUCAGUAGCCCAUCAAGCAAAUAUUACAAGGCAAUUGAUUUAAAACAGGGUAUAAUUUAAACGUUUGGUGUGCUUGCACCAGUUUUUAUUUUGAAAGGACAUGCUCAUGCUUUCUUUGGGCAUCAUGAUUGUUUAAAUAGGGAAUGCAACAAUUCCAAAGAAUUCCCCUAAUUUGUGUAUGCAGAGAGACUUUGACCAGUCGGGCUUGGCCUUGUUCAUAGGGUGUAGCAGUCGGAAGUCGGCCUCUGUCUUGGGGAAUCAUAUUGCUUUGAGUAUCAUUGAUGUUGAAGUAUUUGUGAUUCAUGAAUUAAUUGUAUGUAUAUGACUGUCAUAAGCAGCUAUUAAAUGCUUCUAUGGGAAGGAGAAGAACUGAAAGGGUUAAGAGAUGCCUGCGAUACCUCAGAAAUGACUUAACAAAAUCAGCUUUAACAUGAAAUAGGUUUUUUGUACUUACUACGGAUGAAGGGCAAGGUAUCUUACGAUUGACAGCGGUGGAGUAUUCUCACUGCGAGUCAUGAUUGUGAUGAAUAACAUAUUUAGGAUAAGAGCAAUGUGUAAUCUGCAGAUGAGGAAAUAUAUAUGCGUGGACUAAAUCAGUAUCUGAAUGUGAAUUGAUAUUUAUAUAACUAAUAUAUAUCUAUAUAAAAUGAUGAAGGGUAAUAAUCAUGUGUAUAUGUAAUUAAUAACCUUUGGUAUCAACCCUUUGAUCAGCCUGUUUGUAAAAACGUUUUUAAACUUUUCAAUCAUGCCUCUUAUUUCAACCUCCAGGAGAAAAUUGAUUUUGGUAAUUAUUGCAAAAUAGUACAUCGCUUGGAUGAGAGGGGAUUUGCUUUACCUUUCAUCAUCAGCGAUAGGUAGAAAUGACCUAGGUAGAUGGCUUGGUGUAUUAUGUUGUCUUUGUCAUCAUGUGGCAAGGAAUCUUUUAGUUAGCAAAGUUUCCUCUCAAAAGCAUCACUUAUUUCUUAUCCUUAUGAUUUGUUUUAAUUCAAACCAAAGACUUUGUUCUUUUGAACAAUGUACAGACUUUAACAGUAGCUCUGCAUUUGAUGUAAAGAAUGUGUAAUAUAAAAAAUGGGACAUAAGAAAAUGUUUGUUGUAAAUAGGAAAUCUCUGAAAAACUGUCGUCUAAUUAGAAGUUUGAAAUGAAUUUACCACCUGAUGUGAUGCAGCAAGUAGUGUGCUAGGAUGGCUCCAGAUUAACGAGCAAUUUAAUCAUGGUAAUUGAUAUGAGUGAUGUUAGAAGUUAUAGUACACGUAUGAUAAUGAUGUUGUAACCUUUGUUCUGAUGAUGAAGAAAAAAAAUGAAUACAUUUCUUGUACAGCGUUCAAAAACCAUAUUUAUUCACAUAGUAGUCUCAAGUGAUAGUACAUAUUUAAGAAUGAGGAAAGAAACUACCUUCUCCCACUUUAAACAUGUGUGGGUUUUUCUUCCUCCGGUAGACUUGUGAAAAACUAAGAAGCCAGGAAUUGCUAAAAUCUUGUGUGUGCUAUCGUUGAUCGUUUUGUCUAAUAUGAUGUGAAGUUUGUUGCUAAAAAGUAAACUAUUUUUCCUCGAUUUGUAACUUUUAAAUUUUUAUUUUAUAUUUUUUUGGUUAUGUUUUAAAUGUUUUGCACCUUGAUAUACUUUCUCUCCCCCUUGUAUUUACAAAUUGAUAAGUAUCCUAAUAUUUGCCCCCCUUCCAAAAAAGGUGAUAAUUAGUAAUUAUUGUUAGCAUCAAAUCAGUAUUUUAGAAAUGUAAAAAGAAUGCCUUCGUAUGUGAACAUUUGAUAGUUAUACAUAAUUUCUUUCCUCUGUAAAAUUUGGUUGACUGUACAAGUGGGGAGUAUGUAUGAUCAUUCAUGGAAAUACAUAUGAUUUUGCAAUCUUCUACUUAUUAUGUACAAUGUUGCAAGUGCAUAUUUCUAGAAGCAUCAAAUGUUUAAGGUCAUAUCCAUCUGCCGGUGAUGUCACCUCAUGUUCAAAGUGUUGAAAAUGACCCCCUAUUUGGCUUGCUUUCAAGAACAUCCCCCCCUCCCCACCAAAGGAGCCCUUUUUUCGUUAAAAAAUUAUAAAAUUGACCUUAAUUAUGACUCUAUUUUCGGCUUAUCAAAUACAUGAUCACAAAGUGUACCGUAUUUUGGCAAAAACAGUUAAAUAUAUAUUUAAAAAACAUUGUGAAGACAUGACCCAUUUUCAUGAAGUUUUCUUGUUCUUUCAUACAAAAAAAUUCCCCCCUUUUUAAAACAAAUCCAUGAACAAUUCAACGUUUGCAAACAUCACCAAAAAUAAACCCUUUUUCGUGAAAUUUCAAAUUAUCAUGUGUACACAAGUCACAUUGAAGAUGACACCACUGGGAUCCAACGAUGAACCCACUGCUGGUAAAACAGAAUAGAUGACAAUUAGCCAUGUCAGAGUCGGGGCUUGUGCAGGUCAGCUAGUCCAAAUGAAAACGGGGUCAUUUUCUGGUCAGGGUGGCUCUUUCUGGUGUUUCGCCAUAUGAACUGCUCCACCAAACAGGUGAGGGAACUUAGAAAUGCAGUGGCAUUAAAAGAUGUAUCCACAACACAAAAACGCAUAGCAAUGCUGUUGAAUUACUAGUUUUCGUUUAACAUAUUUGAAUUAAACUUGGGUGUUAUUGAACCUAAUAGAUGUAGUUCAACAUGUGUUUUUACGACCUCCAUAUUCUAAUGAUGUUCUUCUACAUCUAUGUGAUGAAAUAUUGAUUUUCAACAAUUAUGUGAUCUGGACACAUCUUUUUACUCCACUAUAUCUUUCUAAGCUCCCUUACGGUUCAAACAUUUACUUAAGAAUCCAAACAGUUGAAAUGUAAAUGAAACCUGCAUUUAAUUUUGUCAAUGCUAAAUAAGUCUGAUGUGCUACAGUGCAUAGAAAUAUAUUGUAAUUCGUAGAGGGAAUCAAGAUGCAAUGGAAUCUUGUUUUUAAGAAAUUUCUUUGGGAUCAAGAAAACUUAUCUUGUUCAUGGCUAAAAACAAUCAAAUAUAUGGCAGGGGGCUAAAAAAAUUGUGAUAUAACAAGGAUCCAAUGUAUUUUCUUGAAUCGAUGAUGGGCAUUUCUUUUUCUAUGUAUCGUUGUUGCUAAUUGCACAAGUUAACAUAAAGCUGUUAUAAGUUUUGUUCAUUUUGUUAAUCUCAGGGAAGAAUGUUUUGUAAACAGUCAUUCACAAUCAAGGUCACAAAAGAAAUGAAGGUUGAGAAAGAACUGCCUAAUUAAUCAUACUUGAAGAAGAUAUAUCACUUAUGAAUUUAUAUGUAUUAUUUGCUAUGAAAUAAUUUCUCAUUACUAACCAUAUUACAAUGCUAAGAACUUGAUUAUUUAAUCAUUACACUGCCAUUGCAUGAGGAGAAGGGAGAAAAAAAUCAUGUUUGAACAACUUCCUUUCAGAAGAGAUAUAAUUAAUUUCUUUGCUAAUACAUGUAUGUUUUAAAAAGUGUGAAGGUUGAUAUGAACCCAAUAGAGUUCGAGGUCCAUUUUAAUUGGGUGGUUGAACUCUUCAUUAUCAUCCUACGCACAGCUCUCGUGAGAAAAUCCAGCAAAAUCCAUCGACCGCAAAAUUAAUGCAUACAAUAAAUGAUAACAAACAAAAGUAGAGCGAACAGGAACCUCUUUGAAGUUGACACUGAGAGGUUUUCUCUUCUUCCUAUGUUCAACUCUCUGGUUUUUUGACAACCAUGGAAUAUCAAAAUCGCUCCACCACUUGUCCAAACUUCCUGCAAAUUUCAUUAUGAAAAUAAAAUUUAGGGAAGCCCGGUAGGAUAGAUAUGACAGAUAAAAGCAUAGUUGCAAACAAUGCCCUAUCUAGCUAACAUCUGCCUUUUUGGACUUUUUAUGAACUCUCUCUUUUGGCGUUCUCUCUCUCUCUUGUACAAAUUGCAAGAUUUGAGGGUAUGUAUGUUUCCUGAGAUUUGGGCUGGGGUAAACGAAUAGAAUGGUAUAUAGUGUCUAAGGAUUGUACUCUGGCAAUUUCAUUUGCGAUAUGACAAUUUUUACCCUGUCAAACUUUUCCUUUCGAGGGGGGUGGGGGAGAAAAAGUUUUCUAACUCUCGUUGGCUCCUCGCCUGAUUAGAUCAACUUUUUGAUGUCUUUAACGGCUGUAACCAAUUUCAAUCCAGUUAUUUCAUUAUGAAAGAUCUAUGCAUCUUUCUAGUAUUUCGGCCUUCUUUUCCUAGUUUGCGGAAUAUCGUGGGAUUUGCAGUGAUGAAAAUAAAAUACAAGUGGGAAAAAAUGAUGAAGAAGGGUAGACAAUUGCGGGCCUGUUUGUGGAGCGGCCUUGAGUAUUUUAAUCAUAAUGAGAAUUCAUGAUUUUAUUUCUUCUCUUUGUGGCAGUCUCUCACUCAAACUGUCAAGUCCAUUUUUGAUGAGAAAUUAUCUGUCUGCGCUGACUCUGCAAAGUAGUUUUGAUGAUAUGGCAGAAGCCUUCACCAUAUUUCUUUUUUGUCACAUUUACUGGUACAAAUUUCCUUAUAUCGUCGACUGCAAGAAUGUCCCUACCUAAGUGGCACACAAAUUUAGUCAUUCAUGUAUAGUUGUUUAUUUUACAAGAGAAUAAUGAAAUUUGAAUAUUUGUUUUAAUGUUUUGUUCUAUGCAUUUUUGACAUCAGCACACUGUCAGUAUUAUUUUUCAUUCAAACAGUUUUUUGUGUAUUGUAGAUUACAUAUAGUCGCAUCUUCAAUUAUUUUGAUAUUUGUUUUAUAUAUUAUACAGGGUCUCUAAAAAAAUGCAACAAGAAUUUGACAAUAUUUUGAAAAGUACUAAGCCAUUAAUAAACUUUGUUAUGUCAUGUGCUAUACUCUAAAACUACAUGUGAACUGUAACAAAGACCAAACUUUGAUUUUAUGAUAUCAAUUGUCAGAAGAUCUAUGAACAUUUAGGUUCCUUUGAGAUGAGAGUUCACUUUGUAACAUACAGUAUGUUCUGUAAAAGUGAUUACUGCCAUACACAUGUAAUUUCAAUUGAGAAUGACUGCAUAUUUUGAAGAUGUUGCCAAUCAAACUCUUGUUGCUUUUUUUGAGAUACCUUGUAGAAAUAUGCAUUUCCUUUUCAAGUACGUAAGCAAUGUUUUAUAAUUUUUUUCAUGAAGUUUGUAUAUAGAAGAUUAUUAAGUUUGCAGCUGUUAAAUCGUAGAUUACUAGUGACAAAAGUGGUACUUCAAGUUAUAGUAAAAGCAAAAAUAUUUCUUUGAUUCUUGCAAUAAUGAUAGCACUUAUACUGGCUUUAGGCCUUUCAGAAUAUUUCUUUUUUUUAACAUUCCACAAAGUAUAGUGAUUAGCUAAUCAAAGCAUUUUGCACAGACAUCAUGUACCUUCUUGAUAAACACAAGUUAUUGUAUUCAAAUAUCAGUAUUGAAAGAAGCUGCCAUUAGCAUGGAAUUUGGAAGAAACGAAUUGGCAUCACUAUUGUUUUUGGUAGAAAUUAGAUAUCAUGAUAUAGAAGGAAUACAAAUACUGUUAUUUAGGAGUACGUAGAGAUGUAGUUAAUGUACAGUGUAUCCCAGCAAAAAAGAAAUGUAAAUGCAAGGUGCACAUCACUCUUGUGGAAAUACCAUCCAACAACUGUUGCGUAACAUGGAAGUAAAAAAUAUACCGUCAACGAUAUCGCUUAGUGAAUCAUGUAUGGAUUAAUGUAAUCAAUAUAUCGUUUGAAAGCAUAUUACUUCUGUUCAUACUUGGGUGUGUUUUUUUCUUUCUGGGAUCCACUGUACAAUACUCCUAAAAAUUCUAUGUUAUUGUCUGUUGCUAGUAUUUAUGACUGUUUUAUGUGUGUGAAAAAUAUAAAGUAUUUGUGUACUGUUAUUUUAUUGGCCAAGACAAGGCAAGGUCUCAGUUGUAAAGAGCAUAUAAAAGGACUACUGCAUUAUUUGUGGUAGUAAUCAUGAUUUGGUUUUGUCUUGAUACUCUUGAUUUAUUGGUGAUAGUACCCCCUCGCUGUCAUUUCUUUGAUAAGUGAUGAGAUUGUAUGUACAUGUACCAAUUCACAAAUAUAUGUAUGCACUGGUGUAGUAUAUAGUGAAGCUUGUAUAUUUUAUUAUACUGAAGUCUAACAAAAAUAAAUUGAAAGGAAGGAAAAUA